CCACCCCCCAACUUUCCCCGGCGCCCAUCUCAUCUUCCGGCCCCAGUCUCUCUGUCUGCCGCUCCAUGGCCCAUCAGCCCAUCUGGUCAAGGUCACGUUGAUUCUGAGAGGAGCAACUAGCUCGAACGUGGUGCUGAUUGCUGAGGACGGGACAAUCAAAGCCAAGGUGAAUGGUCCAGCCACCAACCACUGGCUGGUUGGGGUGGACCAAUGCUUGGAAAGCAUCAACAAUAUGGUCCUGGAUGCUAAGAAGGCAGCCGGCGCAGAUCCUAAUGUACCACUCAAGUCCUUGGGGUUGACUCUAAGUGGAGGAGAUCAGGAUGAAGCAAUCAGCACAUUGGUCCAGUUGCUGCAGGAGAGGUUCCCAAACCUGAGCGAAAACUACUUCAUCACUACAGAUGCAAUAGGGGGCAUAUCGACAGCCACUGACACAGGUGGAAUUGUAUUAAUCUCGGGAACUGGUUCCAACUGCAAGCUCAUCAAUCCGGACGGUUCAGUGACCGGGUGUGGAGGCUGGGGUCACCUGAUCGGAGAUGAGGGAUCUGCUUAUUGGAUGUCACUGUUGGCUAUAAAGAUUGUGUUUGACGCUAUUGACAACUUCAAGCGCACGCCAUUUAACAUCUGUCUGGUGAAGGAUGCCAUGUAUGACUACUUCCAGGUGUCUAAUCGAAUGGCCCUUCUCACUCACCUGUAUCGUACCUUUGACAAAUCCAAAAUUGCUGGAUUUUGUCGAAAGCUGGCAGAAGCGGCACGAGCUGGAGACCAUUUGUCUUGUCACAUCUUCAGAAGAGGGGGUCAGGAACUUGCCCAGCAUGUCGUGGCUGUGCUACCGCAUGUGGACCAGAAGCUGCUUGAUGGGAAGCUUGGUCUGCCUAUAGUCUGUGUGGGAUCCGUGUGGAACAGCUGGGACCUGCUGAAAAAUGGCUUUCUAGAAGUGUUGAAGGAAAGACCAAUGGCAAAGAACGUGUGCAAGUUUACCAUGAUGAAGCUGAAAUGCUCUUCAGCAGUGGGUGCAACGAGUCUUGGUGCUAGGCACGUUGGUUAUAAUUUACCGAUGAACUAUGCGGACAAUGUAGAUAUCUUCUUCGAACACUGCUUCACACUCUAGAGACAGAGAAGUGAUCAGCUCUGACCAGUGAAGUCAUGGUCUUGGAAAUCAGAGAUGGUGAUAUCGUUCAACCUGCCCUUUUUUAUAAAAUUGAUUGGUUUUUGUAUAUUUUCACGCUUUGACAAAAAAAAGUUUACUUGAGAUCUAA